UGGCGAAGACCGAAAGACAAUGUUGAUACAACUAUGCGAGUUUACUGGUUUCCUAUUUAAUGCAGGAUGGGCCGGCCGGCAGUGAGAAGCGUCAAAAGAAAGACCCCGAAGGAGGAAAAAAGUCCAACUAACAAAGAAUGUCCUCUCAAGCCUUCUCUUUAUCACUCUUUUACGUCGCUGGAGAUGGGGGCCCUCAGGAAACAUCUGCUUGCUUGGUAUGAUAAAUCUAAGAGAGACCUGCCCUGGAGAACCCUGGCUAACACUGAACCUGACGUGAACAGAAGAUCUUAUGCAGUGUGGGUUUCAGAAGUCAUGCUGCAGCAGACACAAGUUGCUACUGUGAUUGACUAUUACAACAAGUGGAUGAAGACAUGGCCAACGCUUCAGGAUCUUGCACAAGCGUCUUUGGAGGAGGUGAAUGAAAAAUGGUCUGGGCUGGGAUAUUAUUCCCGGGGCAGGAGGCUCCACGAAGGAGCCAAGAAGGUAGUGUUGGAAUUAAAAGGCCAGAUGCCCCGGAGUGCUGAAGAACUACAGAAGCUUUUGCCAGGAGUGGGAAGAUACACCGCAGGGGCAGUGGCGUCUAUCUCCUAUGGACAGGUAACGGGUGUAGUAGACGGGAACGUGAUCAGAGUUUUGUGCCGACUGCGUUGCAUAGGAGCGGACUCGAGCACCCCUGCGGUUAGCGACAGGCUUUGGGAACUGGCGAAUGAGCUUGUUGAUUCGGAGAGGCCUGGCGAUUUUAACCAAGCCAUGAUGGAACUCGGGGCAACAGUGUGCACCCCAAAAAAGCCCCAAUGCACGGACUGUCCCCUGCAGAGCCUGUGCCGGGCAUAUAAAAAGGCAGAAAUGGAGUCCGCAUCAGCCGCCAAUAAACUUCUGAAGGGGAAACCAAACCUCAAGGCUGAGAUCCGAGAUAUAGAGGAAUGCGAUGCCCCUGGUUCUUGUGCCCUAUGCUUGCCUUCAUCCGAUCCCUGGGACAUAGCCCUCGGAGUGGCAAAUUUCCCCCGCAAGCCUGCCAAGAAGGCAUCGCGCAUGGAGCGGACGGUAACCUGCGUGUGCCGGAGACUGGGAGAAGACGGGGAACCUGAAUAUUUGCUGCUACAGAGACCCAGCUCAGGGCUCCUGGCGGGGAUGUGGGAAUUUCCCAGCAUGCUCUUAGAGAAGGAUCACGCCGAAAAAGAUCGCAGACACGUCAUGUGCAGGCGUCUUCAGGAGGUCACUGGCCACGUGGUAUCAUUGAAAGAGAUACAAUACGCAGGCGAGGUAGUCCACAUAUUCUCCCACAUCCAUCAGACGUAUGUGGUCUAUUUUCUGUCCUUGUGCCAUCGCAAAGCAGACAUCUCUGUUAAGGAGGAAGAAGGCGAAGGACCGGCUACUCGCUGGGUUACCAAGAAACAGUUUCAGGCAUCGGCUGUCUCCACUGCCAUGAAAAAGGUUUUUAAGUUGUGUGAGAAUAAAAUGCCUGACUCCAGUAACACGUCAAGAAAACGCAAGAGGGACACCGCCGACCUCCCACCGCCAGGGGGCAGAAUAAAAACCGAGCCUGAGAAGCAGACGUCCAUACAGAUGUUCUUUAAACCUGCUGCCAAAAAGUGACCGGUGACCAGAUGUGCUUUACCAAGACGAGGACUCGGGCGCGAUUGGCUGCUGCCUGACAGCGGACUGUGAGCCGGUUUAUGGGUCUGCAUUGUACUAACCUCAGGCCAGACUCCCAAUAGCUGGAUGUAAUAGAUCUUAACGUAUUUUUGCUUAAGUCAAAGGAAAGGUCAUGUAAC